GGUAGAAGAUAACCGUAUUUAUCUCAGUAAGACAAAAUAGAUUUAAGUUUCAAGUAAUUAUUAUAUUUCUAUACGUGUAUAAUUUUUCCAUUUGAUUGUCAUAUAUCCGGUUAAUUUGAGCAUAAUAAUCUCGGGAUGAUCCAUAAUGAUUUAUAAAAAAAUGUCAGACGUAAAACUUUCUCCCGUAAAGCUUUAAAGCAUGUUUGUUGUUUAAUCGGUUUGUUAUGAUGCUAGAAGUACAAUACGAUUUAAAUUUAUCUGUGUGCACAAAUAUCGUAGAAACGACAUAUUUAUCAAAUAUUGUAUGAAUCUUCCAGCGUAUUUUAAACUUUAUUUUAUUCUCGAACAAUUAACGUGCCAAAGCGACAAUAGCAAUUAUGCAUUCGUACAACAAAUAAGUCCUAUUAUCGUGCUUGUCAAGCUAUAUUCGAUGUAAAAUGUUAUGAAAAAUAAAAUUUUAACAAUUUUUCAAGAUUGAGGCAAAUUAAUGCAACAUGCAGUAUAUGUAGAGAAACAUUUAUACAUAUAAUACAAAUAUUCUUCUUUGAAAAGAAGCAAUUAAAAGCAGACAGUAGUUCUUCUAUCCUUCGUUGCAAUAAAAUAUCAUUCGUUAAAAAAUAAAAAUGUAAUUGAUUGCUUGAAAUAUAAAGAAUUAUCUCAUUAAUUAUGUCACAUAGAAGAAACACAAAUCAUAAACGUUCUUCUAUUUAUAUAAAACAAAGAGUCACAAAAGUGAAAGAAAUGCAGAAAUCAAUGCAGUCAUUAUGUGACAAUGAUUCUAGUUCCCCUGAGAGCAUACGAUCCUUCUUUUUUAAAUCUGGCCGUAAUAAUUCAGAUGAUACAUCAUCGGAUGAAGAUAUCAUUAAUAGACUGAAACAAGGCAAAAGUUUUACAUCACGUGCAGUUACUACAAAAGAAAAUGAAAGUCAUCUUCAUAAACAAGAAAAAAGCAAAGAACCUUUAAAAACUGACAUACACAAAAAUAAUAUGAGAAAUAAGAAAGCUGAUUGUAAUAAUGCAAGGAAAGAAAAUGACAGUAGAGAUUCAGUUUUUAGCCAUUCGGACAAUACAAUGUAUGAAAAGCUUACUGAAGAGACACAUUCAUUAUCAAAGUCAAACCAAAAAGAUUUCACCGACUUACAUAAAGAAAAAUCAGAUUCUAGUUCUGACAAAGAAUUCCAGAAAUCAAAAAUUUCUUAUAUUGGUUUGAGUACUGAGAGAAAAGCUAGAAAGAAUCUAGUGGUAUCUAGUGAUUCAAAUUUAGAUUCCACAUCACAAUUAACAAAAAAAGUUACAAUUAAUAAAGAACAAAGCUUACAGUUCAAGUCUCACGUCCUCAAAAUUUUUAAUAAAUUUAAAACUGUUUGUUCGGAAUAUGAAUUACAAAUGGAACGUGUAAAAUGGAAAUAUUUCAAGAAAGAAUUGGUGUAUCAAGAAUCAGCAUAUAAUGUUAUAAAAAAAUCAAAAAGUGUGAUUAACAAUCUUGUAAUGGAGCUCAAUGCACAAGAGGAAGAAUUAAUCAAUUUCUAUGAAGAAUGGAAUAAACAUAAAAUACAAAGAACUGAUCAUGAAGAUAGUUCUUUAAGUGAAAAUGAAGUAGCAAAAGAAACAGAGGCUAAAGAAGAAUUAGAUAAAUCAAGAAAUAAUUCAAAUGCGGAGAGUAUAGUUUCUGAAUGUGAUAAUGAUGAAAUAUUUUCAGAUGAAGGGGCAAGUGUUGUGAAAAUAAAUGCUGAUAAAAACAGAACAAAUAAAGAUACAAUAGCUAAAGUUUCGGAGCAGUCAAUAGACAACAGUGAAAGUGAUGAUCAAGCUAUUUCUUCUAUUCUGGUCAAUAAAAAAGAAAAUAAAACUUACAUGAAAGAUAAUUCAAAAGCUGAUGAAAAUGAAAAGACAUCUAAAAAAUGUCAGAUACCAACAAGUGAACAUGUUUUGAAUGAAUCCAUAGAUGAUAUAUUUGAAGAAAAUACAAAUGAAAAUAUAAAUGACAUAAAUAAUUUGAAUGAAGUAAAAGAUGAACAUAAGAACGAAGAUAUUUUAAAACUGAAGGAAGUUGAGAAAAAUAAUGAUAAUAAAGAUAAAAACUCUUUGAAAUGUGAAAAACUGAAUACAGAACUUGAAGAUAAAAAUUCAUGUUCUGAAAAUGCAAAAUCUGAAUUAGUUUUCUUUGAAAAGAACAUAAGAUCAACUGAAAUAAAGGAAGAUGACGUUUCAAAUGAUAUUGAUGCCGAAAGACAAGCUAAAGUAGCUUUAUUAGAAUCAGACUCAGACACACAAACAAAUGAUGAAUCAUUGGUUGAAAAGCCUACUAAAAGUUUUGGCAUAAGUGAGAGUUUCGAAAAAAAAGAUGUAUCGCAAUCAGAAGAUAAAAAAUGUGUUAAAAAAGGAAGAAAAAAUAAGACUCAAAAUAUUCCUGAAAAUUCACUGGACGAACUCGAUGAAGAAACUUAUGCCAAACAAGUACUUCUUGAAUCAAAUUCGGAUGAAUCUACGAGCCCUUGUGAUAAUAAGAAAACUAUUAAUAAAAACCGUGAGACCAGUGACACCAGCGAAAAUUCAAGUUCUGAUAAUGAUAUUACGUUAAAAACUCCAACAACAAAGAAAAAUAAAGAUCAAGAAAAAGAUCUCAUAAAAAAUAAGAAAAUAUUGGACUUUAAAAGAUCAGCAUGUUUAUCGAAAAUAAAUUAUACCGGGCCAGAUAAAAAAUUAAAAAUGUUUGCUAAAAUUAUUAUUGAAAAAUUGCCGAAGGACAUUCUUAAGAAGCAUGAAAAUGCGUUAGAGAAAUCUCGACAGUAUUUAGAGAAUAAAGAGUUUAAAAGUCUAAUUGACUUAGACAGAUUACAAAGAAAUCGUAAAAGUACUAUUGAUUCAAUACAGAAUCCUUUGCCUAAAAUAAUGAAAAAGGCUAAAGUGCAGGAAAUUGAAGAUUCUCUAUUGGACCAUUUAAAAAAUGUAGAUGAUAAGGAACUUGCAGAAAAUACAGAGGAAGAUUCUAAUAUAGAAAAUAAUAGCUCAAUCACAAAAAUGCAAACUAAUUUUCAAACUAACAGAGAAUUAAUGCUAGAAGCAGAUGCAGCUACUAAGAAAUCACUUUUAUAUUCUUCUGAUUCAGAUUUUGGUGAACAAAAAGAAUCUGCUCCUGAAAGCAGUAAUAGUGAUGAUGACAAAAAGAAAUCCAAAUUAAAGGAUAGUUCAAAACAAUCGACUCAAAAAAUAAAAAACGAGAGUAAUGACGAGGAAAACGAUGACAACCGGAAGAAAAAUAAAUGGAGACAAGAUAAACUAUUAAAAAUGAAAUUAUCUUCUGAUUCAGAUUCUGAUGUAGCAAGAGAAAAAUGGAAUAAGAAACAAAAAGAAACAGAAAAUCAUACUGAAGUUCCAACUAUCAAGAAUAAAGUUGUGAAACGUAAAAGAAGAAAGUGUAGAAAGAUUAUAGAUUCUGAUUCAGAUGUACAGCUGUUAAAUUCUGAUACAGAAUCAAGUAGUUCAGAUAAUAAGUCCUCAGAUAGUGACUUUUCAGUGCGGAAGCUAAAAAACAUGCGUAAACGUAAGUCACGUAGAUCAUCUGAUACAGAUUCUUCCUUCGCAGAAAAAAGAGUCAAGCGGAAGAGAAAACGCAUUAAAAAUAUGGCUAGUGAUAGUGACGAAAGUAUCGAUAAGGACCAGAUCACGAAUUCUCAAGGAACACCUGGAAAAAAGGGACGAAAAAAUAUACGGAAAGUAAUGAAAGAUAAGCAAGUUACACAUGAUACUAAGCAAGCUGCAAAAGAAGAGGAAGAAAGGCUUAAACGUAUUUCUGAAAGACAGAAAUUGUACAAUGAGAUGUAUGAAACAAGAUUGGCUGGAGAAGAAAAAGUAGAUAAGUUGGUAUUAGAUUUUGAUCCUGAAACGAAAGAAGAAUUGGUGACUGUUCAUAACGAUUUGGUAAAGAAUUUGAAACCUCACCAAGCUAAGGGAAUAAAAUUCAUGUGGGAUUCGUGUUUUGAAUCAUUGGAAAGAAUGAAGUCUUCCAGUGGAUCUGGAUGUAUACUUGCACAUUGUAUGGGAUUAGGCAAAAGUCUUCAAGUAAUUGCCUUGGUACAUACACUUUUGACAUACGAAUCGAGUAUCAAAACAGUUAUGAUCGUUUGCCCUUUAAGCACGGUACUCAAUUGGGUAAACGAAUUUGCCACUUGGUUGAAGGAUAGAGAUGAUGAUAUCGAAAUUUACGAAAUGACCAAAUUGAAGAAGAACAUAGAACGAAGAUUUCAAUUGGAAACCUGGCAGAAAACUGGAGGUGUGUUCAUUAUUGGCUACGAAAUGUUUAGGAAUCUUAGUGGCCCAAAUAAAAAAAUGAGAAAGAACAUGAAAGAAGCAGUUUUACAAUACUUAAUAGAUCCUGGCCCGGACGUGAUAGUUUGUGACGAGGGGCAUUUACUAAAAAAUGAGGAUACUGCUCUUAGCAAAUCUAUGAAUCGCAUUAGGACACUACGGAGGAUUGUACUUACAGGAACACCACUUCAAAAUAACUUGAUAGAAUGUUUGCAAAUCCAAUAACUAACGGUCAGUUCGAUGAUUCUACCGAAUAUGAUGUAAAACUAAUGAAAAAACGUGCAUACGUUUUACACAAAAUGUUAAAAGGCUGUGUGCAAAGAUUCGAUUAUUCUGUAUUAACACCUUUCUUACCUCCGAAACAAGAAUACGUGAUCUUUGUCACUUUAUCAGAUGUGCAAGUUAAUAUAUAUCAACAUUAUUUGGAUAAUUUUGCAAGACGAAUACGCAAUGCCAAUGGAUCUCUUUUCGCAGAUUUCCAGGCGUUACAAAGAAUAUGGACACAUCCUUGGGUUUUGCGAAAAAAUGCAGAGAAAAUAGAAAAGAUGAAUGAGAAGAGAUUCACUGAUGAUUCCGAGGGUUCUUUGAAAGAUUUCAUUAAUGAUGGCGAUUCAGACUCUACUCUCAGCUCUAGUACAAGCAGCGUUAUUGAAGACAAUGAGGAUGUCCAAGCUAUCGACGACGAACCCGAGAAAAAAGAAGAGGAAUGGUGGUCACAGUUUGUCAAACCUGAACACUUCGACGAUAUGAGGAUUUCCUCUAAAUUGAUACUACUUUUUGCAAUUUUGAAAGAAUGCGAACAAAUUGGAGACAAAGUCUUGGUAUUUUCGCAAUCGUUGUAUUCGUUGAGUCUAAUCGAGCACUUUCUUGAAAAAAUCGAUAAUGCAACGCAGAAUGAUGAAGUUUCCGAAUACAUUGACGGACAUGUUGGAAGUUGGUCAUUGGGAACAGAUUAUUUUCGAUUGGAUGGUCAAACAUCCGCUGAAAAUCGAAACGUAUGGUGUAAAAUAUUUAAUGAAUCAACAAACACAAGGGCAAGAUUGUUCCUAAUUUCGACUCGAGCAGGUGGACUGGGAAUUAAUCUAACCGCUGCUAAUCGCGUUAUUAUUUUCGACGCAAGCUGGAAUCCUUCCCAUGAUGUUCAAAGUAUAUUUCGUAUAUAUAGAUUUGGCCAGAAGAAACCAUGUUACGUCUAUCGGUUUCUAGCAGCUGGAACAAUGGAAGAGAAGAUUUAUAAUCGACAAGUAACAAAACUGUCACUUUCCUGUAGAGUAAUCGAUGAACAACAAAUAGAACGUCAUUAUAGCAAUCAUGAUUUGAGUGAAUUAUACACGUUUGAACGGAACAACGGAGAGAAACCAACUCUAAAUUUACCCAAAGACAUUUUAUUAGCAGAGAUAUUUUUAAAAUAUAAAAAUUUCGUGGAAAAAAAUCAUGAACAUGACUCUCUUUUGGAAAAUAAAGCAGAGGAAGAACUGGAUGAAGAAGAAAGAAAGCAAGCUUGGCUAGAAUAUGAAGAGGAAAAGAAAGGAAAACCGCCAGCAAUGGCAUCAUUUUCAGCAAAUAAUAUGAUACCGUUCCCAAAUAAUUUAAUGUUAAGUCAGUAUAUGUCAUCAAUAUCACCAGCGUUUACCGUUGGCAUGGACAUUAAAAAACUCCAAGAACUUCAUCGAAAAGAUUAUCCUAAUACAACACCGGAGACCCAAAAAAUAUUGACUGCUAAUGUAUUAAAAAAUAUGUACAACUACAUGGAACAAUAUUCUUUAUAUAAUAAUGUAAAUCAAAUGAUCAAUCAGAAUCCAAAUGUGAAUCCAAUACAGACCAUAAGGACCCAAUUACCCAAUUUGGGUCGAGUAUAUCCAGUACCAAAUACAAAUAAGAAUUUAGCCAAUGAAUCAAAUGAUUAUAGGACUAACGAUAUUAGAACGGAAAAUAUCGACGAUGAUGUUAUAGAGGUGAUGUACAUAGAAUUAGUUAUAUAAAGUUAUAUCUUUAUUAGAUGUAAAACUUAUUAACUCUAUAAUUCUAAAAAUUCAGGUCACUUCAAUCUAAAAAUUUCAGGUCACUUCAACUACAGUAAACGACAAAAAUAAAAAUCAAGAGGAAUAAAUGAGAUAAAAAAGGUGCGAUAAACAUUACUAAAAACUAAAUUUUUAUAUUAUUCAAUAUAAAAUUAUUAUAUAAUUAUUAUAUAUUGUAUAAUGAUAUUUACUUUAUAUGGUUUAACGUCUUAUUAUUUUAAUUUUUUAUAUUGUAUUUUGUAUUGCAUUAUAUUACCUAGUUUCAGUAUUGAUAUAAUAGAAUUAUAUAUAUAGAAUUAAUUGAUAAUCAUUUUUAUUUAAUAAGUUUUUUAGUUUAUCAACUAUACACAUAUACGUGUUUAUAUAUAAUAUAAUUAUAUAUAUUAUAUAUAAUAUAAGUUAUAUAUAUUAUAUAUAAUAUAAUAUAAGUUAUAUAUCCGUACUAAUUGCAAGAAAUUUUUAUAUCGAUUUAGAUUGCUUGAGUAGAAUAUUAAUAGAAUGUAUAGUUUUCCAAAUUAGCUUAGUGGUAAUUAGCUUAUAUUAAACAAUUAAGGAAAUCAAUUAAUUUCAUAUUACACAUAAAAAUAUGAAGUUCGUUUGAUUCAAGAAAUAUAUUGCAAAUAUAUUUAAAGUGUUAAUAAAUUCAUUAAAUAAAUAUAAUCAUAAUUUAUAAAUUAAGCUCAUCUGAUAAAACAUUUCUCCAACCAUGUUGCAAUAAAAUCUUUAAUUUCUCUUUUAAUUUCAUAUACCCUUCGAGAAAUGCUACAUUUCGAUUUUCACCUUCGUCAUUAUUGUGAUCAUACAAUUCCUCUGCAAUGAUAUUACUCCAAUUUGAUAAUUUACUUUUAGAAUCAAAUGAGAGCCACGCUGUGUAACGAUAUUUAUUUGUUCUUAGGGUAUAUCCCAUUGCUUUAAUUUCUUUUAAACAUGGUUCAUCACUAUUUGGAUGUAUCGACGGUUCAAUGCUUGGCCUUGGAUAUUGCCCAAACGCAGCUUUUUUCCAUGAUAUUGUCUAUAAAUUAAUAAACAUAAAUGUUUUAAGAUAAACAUUAGAUUACAAUUAACAAUUAUGUAUUAUUAAAAUUAUGAAAUAUAAAUUUGUAAUUUAAUGUUAAUUAACCUCAUUUUUUAAGGCAGCUCUUAUAAGUGGUACAAAAGUAAUUCCUUCACUACAAGUAAUUUGCGUAGUUUCAUUUGAACAAAUAGGUAUUGAAAUAUUUGCUAAGUCUGCUAUUGUUGGAAAAAUGUCAACUAAUUCUACUAUUGAAUUAAUAAAUGUCUGAGUUCUUCCUGACGAAUCUUUUACAUUUGUAUUUGUUUUUGAUUUUUUAUAUGUCAGCCCAGGUAUUGAUACUAUUAAUGGUACUUUUAGAGUAACAUCAUAAUUGCUAUAUUUUGCCCAUAUCGCACGCUCUCCUAAAGACCAUCCUAUACAAAUUAAUUGUAAAAAAUUAACAAUUUAAAAAAUAUAAAAAUAUUUAAUUAAAGAUUUUUUAACUAACCAUGGUCAGACGUUAACAUAAUAACAGUAUUUUCUUGAAUUGACAAUUUUUUCAGAUGAUUUAUUAAUUUACCAAUUAAGUUAUCAAUGUAUGUUACAGAUGCAUAGUAUGAUUGAAUAAUUAAUAGAGCAAAACUUUCUAAAAGUUAAGAAGAAAUAAACAUAAAUAAUAUCUUCGUGCAACAUACGUAAGAAAAUAAGUUUUCAUGUAUCGCUUUAACUCUACCUGGUAUUUUUUCCCAUGGAAAUUUAAGAUUUAAGGCAGCAACAUCUUUCCUUUUCCUUAAGUCAUUCCAGGGAUUAUAGGCAAUACUACUAACAUUAUCUGACCAUUUAUAAGGUUUAGGUACUUUAAAUUUUUGCAAAGGAUGAUAUUCUGCAAAAUAUUUUUUAAUAAAAAUUAUUUCUUUAAUUAGAAUUCUUUACGAGUGCUAUAACCAAUAAUAAUAAUAAUAAUUAAAUACUUAUGUAUUUUUUAGGAUACUUGAAUGGUAUAUGUGGUUUUUGAAAUCCAACUGCCAAAAAGAAAGGGCUAUUUCCUGCUUGAUUAGAUAGAAAAUUUUUAGCUUCCUUUAAUAUUUCUAUAUCUGGUAAUGUUUUAUUUGGCAUUAAUGAAACUUUGACUGGACAUAGCUAAAAACAAGCAAUAAGCAAAAUUCCAAGUAUUUAAUUUUUUUUCAAAUAAUAAUUCAUUGUUUCACAAAUAUUACAAGAUUUCGUGCAGGUAAUAGCUGCUCGUUUGUUUGGCAUAUUGGAGCAUCUUUAUAUCUUUCUGUAAAUGGAUGAAAUGGAGUUUCCGACCAUGAAUAAGGGUUAUCAUCCGAAUUGUUUGAACUAAUUCCUGCAAAACAUCAUAACUAGUAUGAUAUAAAACAAUUUAUAUCCGCAUGUUGUAUCUUAAAGUAGAAACCUGGAUGAAACACUUUUCCUAUUGAUUUAGUAAUAUAUCCAUUACUCUUAAGAUGUUGGGGCAAUGUUGUAAAGUUACCAAUAUCUUUUCGCCAAUAACUAUAGAAAUCAUAAAGCUGAAGUGUAUCUGGUCUCCGGCUUGUUAAAAAUGAAUUUCUACUUGGCGCGCACAAAGCUUGCUAAAAACAAAUUUCAUUACAUGUAUAUGUAUAUUUUGUAAUAGAUCUAUAA